AUGACUCCAACAGCGGUAAAACUUAUUUCUGUUAUUUUCUUCCUUUUUACAUUCCGUGUAAAGCCAUUCGGAUCGAUGCAGAUGGAGCAGGAUAUAAGGGAUCGGGAAGAUAAUGAUGGAACGAAUAGCCCGGGGAACAUUCAUAGAUCGGAGAGGCAGAAGAGAUCAGUAGACGGGGAUUAUUUGAAGCACGAGUACAUGUACGGCGCUGUCGUCGACGCUGGCAGUAGCGGCAGCAGACUCUACGUCUACAGGUGGAGAACUGAUUACUUAUCAAAAAAGGAACCCCUGCCAACGUUUCAAGUAAUCCAAAAUAAAAAAAUCGAAGGUGGUGUCUCGCUUGUGGAGAGCGACGUGGAGAAGUUGAGUGGCUACUUGCGACCGUUCAUUGACCUAGGCAAGCGUACAAUUCCACAGAAACAACACAACGUCACAAAUCUCUAUUUCAUGUCAACAGCCGGCAUGAGAUUCUUGUUGGAAGAGAAGGCCAACAGACACAUAAAAAUGAUCAGCAACAUUCUGGCCAACAAAUCAUUUAGUCCAUUUGUGCACAAGGAGAGAAACGUCAGGAUAUUAUCAGAUUUUAUAUUUCUUAUUCCAAAUUGCAUUGGUCAUAGUGAAGCAAUUAUAUUUAAAGGUGAAGAGGAAGGCGCCUUUGCUUGGCUAUCGGUCAACUACAACAAAAAGAUUUUUUUCGAAAAAGACGUGAAAGUCCUCAAGACCCAUGGCAUCAUAGAGAUGGGAGGGGCCUCAGCGCAAAUCGCUUUCAUCCCUGAUGGCGACAUCCUUGAAGGAAUGUUUCCAAUCAAUGUUGCUGGCAUCACUUACCGAUUGUACGUUCACAGCUUCUUACAUUACGGACAGGAGUAUGCAGAACGCUGGGUGAACGAGCACAUCAAGGAGUCAAAAGAGACGUGCGAUCAAAACAAAACCAACGAAUGUUCCAACCCGUGUUACAUCAGAGAUUUCAAUGUGACAAUCAAAAUUGAUGUUAACGAUGUUCAUUUCGUUGGCUCGGGUGAUGCUGGUUCUUGUGAAAAAUUACUCGACCUAUUCGUAUAUACGUAUCAGGAUCGUGACUGGAGGUGCUCACCUAAGCCCUGUAGCAUCGGAAGCGUGUAUCAGCCGUCUCUACCAGCCAGCAUGGAUUUCUAUGGCGUCGGAGCUUUCAGGUACACGUACGAGAGGUUUGACUUGUUGUCUGUCGGCAAUCAUUUCGACCUCGAUAAAGCUGACAAAAUUGUCAGGCAAUUUUGUGCCAUGGAUGUCGAAGAAGUAAAGUUAAAGUAUCCCUCGCCCGAUCAUAAAUACCUAACCUCGCCCUGUCUUCUGGGAAUGUACUUCACUAAAUUGUUCAACAAAGCUUUCAAAUUCCCGAUGGAUACAAAGCUGAUCAAAAUUGAGAAAGAGAUAGACUGGACACUAGGAGCCCUCUUAUACGAGCAUGAACUCUACACCUACAAAAUGCUGGAUCCCGCGAAGUCCACAUCAGCCAUACCCACUCAAAAUGGUCUCGUUCACACACUUACCUUCAUAUUUUUAUUGAUCAUGCUAACGUAA